AUCGUUUCGCUUUUAUAGCCCCGUCCGUUGGUGAUAACGGCACUUGUUAAUUUUUUAUCAAUUCGAGUUUAUUGAUAAACACCAAUGUGCAUGGCUGAGUAAUGCGAUCAUCGAUCAACCAUGGCGCUUUUGUACAGGUUGGUUAAGUUGCCGGAUCGUUUUCAAACUCAUGUGUUUACAUUUGUGGUGACCAAGUCAGUAACUCGUGAUCCGGAUCGGGAUGUUACAUCUAAAGAAUUUGCUUGUGGCCAUCAAAAAUGGUCAAUCACAUUCUCACGAACUGACAAGAUGUUAGGUGCAUACUUAGUGUGGAAGAGUGCUUCCGAGUCGGUGAGAGUUUAUGUGGAUUUUACAUUCACUAUACUCAACCGUGAACAUUUCAGUGUGAACGAAUCAUUUGCUGGGAAACAAGUGAAGUUUACGACGGACUGCCCGGCCCAGGGGAAUCGAAACUACAUACCGGUCAGCGACCUGUACGGUCGAAACUUCACGGACGCGAACGGCGAGUUCCAGCUGGAAUUGUCCAUCGGUCACGUGCGCACGCUGUACGACACGGAGUUCUGCGUGCCCACGUCGCUCACGUCCCGGCUGAUGCACCACCACCAUCAGAUCCAGAAUCACCACAACCCGGCGGCCGGAAACGCGCUCCAGCACCAGUACGGCACGGCGUCGCCCAGGGGCACCAAGUGCAAGCUGGAGACUUCGUACUUCACGUUCGGCGGGUUCGACUGGAACUUGGCGCUGUACCCACACGGCGUAAAAGACGUUUCGUGUACUUCGGUUGAAGGGCGAAUGUCAGUAUAUUUGAAUCGUUGCACAGGAUUCGAUCAUCAAUGCCGUGUACGAUACAUGUUAGUUUUGGGCGAUGGAGAAAAACGUCUGGACUCGGGAAUAUUGGAUGAUGUGUCGGAUUCAGAUGGAAAAAGCUAUGGUUGGCAUCCUAGAUAUAAGUUUUCCGAGCUUGUUACAAAGGGCACAAUUCGGGUACAUCUCGAGAUGUUAUUGGCAAACACCUUGAGUGAAGUUAUAUCUAGCAUAGUGAUAACGGGAAUAAAUCAGCAUGGGGUGUCGUCGGCCGCGACUAGUAGCGUGGUAGCGUCUCCCACGAAAACGCAAUGUUAUGAUCGGGACAAGCACGCGUGGUCUAUAAGGAGCGAUUGCCAAUCAGAAACGGUCCGACUUCAUAUGGUCUACAAGGACAUCCAGAACGUGCCCAGAAAUCAUCUCAGGUAUGUUUGUUGGACGGCGUACCUGCUACGUUACCACGGAAAAACGGGCCAUGUGGAACCGGUGCCAUUGCCAGGUGCACCAUUUAGCCACUAUUACGCAACUGACGCCACUGACGAAGGGAUUAUAAUGGAAACCGACAUAAGCGUCAAAGAGCUCCGCGAUUCAGGUUGUCCUUUUUUAACAGACAAAGGACAAUUGAGGGUACAAGUCGAAUGGGAAGAAAGCUAUUUAUUGUUCCAAGCCACAUACCAUAAAUAUGAUGAUGUCAGUAGAACUCACAACUAUCAGAUGAGGCGCGAGAUCACAGCUCUGCAGGCCGAAAACUACAGCCUGGAACGGCAGUUGUUCAGCUACCAGAAGAGCAUGUCGCUCGUGCAGAGUCGGGGCACCACGUACUCGGACGAUCUGGACCCGUCGGACGUCGGCGAAGGCGGCGGCGUCCCGGUGGACGAUCGCGACGUCCAUCUGCACCACCAGCACCAGCACCAAGGCGGCGGUGGCGGUGGCGGAGGAGGCGGCGGCAGUGUGUUCUACGACGACGGCGCGCCGAUGCAGCAGUUGCAGUCCGCGGUGGUCGUCGGCCCGGACGGCUACCCGCUGGCCCAGCACCACCAGCACCAUCACCAGCAGCAGCAGCAGCAGCAGCACCCGCCGCAGCACCAUCAGCUGCACCAUCACCACCCGCUGCCGCAGCCGCCGCAGCAGCACCACCACCACCACACAUGA